CAGCUUUUCGAACGUAUGCGGGCCAAGCUACCGGCUCGUUCUCUUAACGAGAUUGAGGGGCGCUAUCAUUUUCUAAUGGACUUUUUGUGCAAGUUGCAGGGCAAAUAAUUUACUUGAAAUUUUAUUUAUUAUUAUUAAUAACUGUUUCGUACAUAAAGGAAUUCUCAAAAUAAUGUA